ACAAAAUUCCAAGUAAACAGCGACCAGGGCAGGUAACCUCAGCUCUAUUAGGCGUAUAUGCAUAUGCGUAGUUUGGAUUUUCAAAACAUAAUUGUCAAUGACACCAAGAUAUUUUAGAUGACGACUUUUGUGCAUGCAUGAAUACUUAAAUUCUGUAUAACCCUCACUAAUAGUAGGCAUACAUACAUACGUAAUAAUAAGGUUUGGUCAUCACGAAAGAAUCCCAACAACAUAUUAUUUUCUUAUCAUCACUCGCACACAAAGUUUCUAGGCCGCUUACGAAAAUCAAAUCAUUCACCCAAUGAUAUAUAUUUUAUGGAUUCUCAGACCUUAUUUAUUUCUGAGCUUAUAAAACUACUGCCUGGCAUAAAGACAAGAGAGGUUGUGUAAUAUAUGUAGGAAAAGAGCAUCACAUCUCUCACCCACCAUAUUUCUUUCUGUAUAUCAUCAUGAAUGCAUUGCAUUGGAUGCAUAUGUAUAUGCAUAUGUUAUAAUACAUAAGUAUUUAAAACCCUUGGGAAAAGAAGUUGCAGCAUUCAGCAGGAGGAUAGAGAUAUGUGUAUAAGUAGUUGUCAGUGUAGUGGAAGUAGUAGUAUUUUCUCUGCAGUAGUAGUUCUCUCGUAAUGGCAAAAAUACUUACUACAUCUGUAAGAAGACAAUCGCAAGACGUUUCCCGUUGUGUUUUGUUAGUGGACUUCCUCAUCUAAUCCAUUCCCUGCAACCCAUUCUGCUCAUGAUAAAACACACAUUGAACUCUUGUUUUAGAAAACCUCUUCCCAACCCUUUCGGUUGACUGAAUCACCUCUCAUCAUCAUUUCAAUUAUCACAACUGACUGCUACUCAUUCACUAUUAAGUACUCCGUGGUUGGUUGUGCCGUGUUUUUUAUGUCCAUCCAGCCUGGUAGAAUAAUUUGCUCUUGUCAGUCAAACGACGAGUUUAGGUUAUGUAUGCUAUGAAGUUGGUUAGUAUUACGAGUUAUUGGAAUUUGUUGGGAUAAAUAUAACCUAUAGGUUUUUGCACACUAUAAUUGCUCUUUUACUCAAUCUAGUCAGUCACCCUUGUCCUUUCGAUUCGAUUCAACAUUGUCGUAAUAAUAGCGGUGUGGACGAAUUUAGAAAACUGCCUGAAAGUUCUAAUUUAUUAUCUCUUUCUCUCUCAUGUAGUGAUGAACAGAGUUUGACAUUAAACAAUUUUUUUAUCCGCGUCGCGUUCGCGUCGAGUGGUUGUGCCUUUUUGAAGUGCAAGAAGAUUCGUGCAAUUUAGGAUAAUGUUUAACAAUAAGAAGGUUGAGGAGGGUUCCGUAAUGAUAAGGCCUUAUCAGGCGCUGUCAAGAGAGGUUGAUGCAGGAGAGUUGUCAAAGAAUCGGACCUUUCUUGAGAGGAGACGGGUGCGGAAAGCGUCGUCGUCCUCGUCAGACGAACUUAAUAAAGGACACACGAAAGUCAUGGGGACGUCUCAAGGGAACAGAUCUAGGCUUAUGGCCAUGCUCCUGAUGACUUUCGUUUUUUUCCUGGUCGAAAUUGUUGUGGGCUAUCUGACCAACUCGAUGGCGCUUGUGGCCGACAGUUUUCACAUGCUGAGUGAUGUAGCAGCAUUGGUUGUAGCGUUUGUCUCUGUGAAGAUGUCCCCCAAGAAAUGGUCAAAAAACACCUUUGGCUGGGCAAGAGCAGAAGUACUAGGAGCACUAGUCAACGCAGUGUUUUUGGUCGCUUUGUGUUUCUCCAUUCUGGUUGAAUCUAUUAAACGAUUUAUCCACAAGGAGGAUAUCGAUCGGCCUGUAUUGAUCCUUGUGGUAGGCGUCCUUGGUUUGCUUGUGAAUCUAGUCGGCCUUUGCAUCUUCCGACACCAUCACGGUGGAGGUGGACAUUCGCAUUCACAUUCACACCAUCAUCACUCAAUUAAACACCAGUCCAGAUUAUCUCGGAUUGUGGCAACCGAUGAUAAUGAAAACGACGAAAGGGUUACUUCACCAGAGGAAGCUCCAUCACAACCGGAUUCACCAAAUGACCCCAAAUCUGCAAGUGCUUCACAGAUGAACAUGAGAGGGGUCUUUCUUCACCUUAUGGCUGAUGCUCUAGGUUCCGUGAUCGUUGUCAUCUCGGCCUUGAUAAUUUGGCUCACUGACUGGGAAUUUAGAAUGUAUGUUGACCCCAUGCUAAGUGUUGUGAUGGUAGUUAUAAUCUUAUCGUCCGUCUGGCCACUCUUGCAAGAGUCUGCGAUGAUCCUUCUUCAAACGGUCCCUACUCACAUUCAGAUAGAUGAUCUUCAAAGGAAAUUGGUCCGUGAGGUUGAAGGGGUCAUUGCAGUCCAUGAGUUCCAUAUUUGGCAGCUUGCCGGUGAUCGAAUCAUUGCUUCCGCUCAUAUUCAGUGUCGAAAUCUAGCUGAUUACAUUAGGAUUGCUGAGAAAGUCAAGGUUUUCUUUCAUAACGAAGGAAUCCAUUCGACCACAAUCCAACCAGAAUUUGUUGAGCACUACCCCGAUGCCCUCAACACCAAUAACUCAGACUGCUUCUUGUCCUGCCCUCCUGACUUAACCACGGAUAAUCCUCAUGCCGGACCAGGAUGUGCAGCCAACACCUGCUGUGGACCUCAACGGGUUGGUAAUUCCGACGUGGUUGAUAGUGAAGGAGAUUUACUUAUUGUUACCGGCAAUAAUUCGUGUUAACAUUUAGGAUAGUAGUUUUCUUAAUUAAUUUAAAACAAGGUCUUAUCUUCAUCACAUACAGAUCCUGGAGGACAAGAAUUGGUUAACCAAAACCAAUCAUCAACGCAUGCGUUAGGAUCUAGAAAACGUGUUGCUUAAGAUUAACUGAAUUUUUUAAUUCGCGUCGUCUCUCUUUUGUUUGCUUCCUUAAAAUGACGCGUCUUCGUUUUUCAUUAUUAUCAUGCUGGAUGUUUAAUGAUCUCACCUUGUAAGCACACUGCUUUGUCUACCCAGCCCAAAAAUUACUAGUUACUUUUGCAGUCCAACCCAAAUCAGUCAUAGCAGUGGUCUUGUCUAUUAUGUUUUUGGUUGUAUUAUUGUUGUUUGAUAAUUUCGUGCAUGUAUUUAUGGCUGAUUGUUAAUUCAUAUUUAUUGAAUUCGGCUAUUAAAAUAAACCCUGGAUUAAUUAUAAUGGUAAAUUCGAAAGCUUUACUCUGGUAAUUGGUUUCUAUAAUACUUGGUAAUUUGGUAUACAAUUAUUUACUAUUGUUUGUUUUUCUACGCUAUCUGCAGCUCAUGGCAUUGCAAAAAGUAGUUGGUGUUUUAAUAGUUGAGUGUGGAGUUGUUAUUGCUGACGUAAUUUCACGAAUUUUCUCCAGGGUGCCCAUCGUCUUGAAGUGGCUUGGAAAAUUUGUGAAUGAAUGUGAGUGAAAUUUAGAGUGAGUGAUGGAUGUGGUUAUUAUUUCAUAGUAUUUCAUAGCUUUGAACGAAAACGCUAUAAAUUAUGAAUUAUCAGUAAAACGAACCUUUCGACUUUAUCCAGAGCCAGAUUGCUCGAAAUUAAACAUAAAUGCUAACAUGAACAACUCAUAUACAAUAAUGUGAGAUAAUGUUUGUCUUCGUAUUAGAUAGAGAACUAAGGAAUAAUUAAAGGCCGGUAGAAAGUAUCGAUAAUAAUAUUUAAGUACCGAGUGACCAGUCCAUAUUCACUACUUGGCUGCUGCAAAAAAAACAGUCUCAUAAUCGUAUUAUUACAUACCUUAUGUCUUAAACUGCCUGUCUAUGUAUUGACAUUGACACCACAUAACAUGCAUGCAUGGAGGGCAAAUAAAUAAUUUGUAGAGAAUACGAACCAGUAAAAAUUAUAAUUCGUUAUUGAUAACAAGGCAUGGAAAGUUUUGUAUUUUUACAUGACGGUGAUGAUAUGAUAACAUUUUAGGCUUGUGAUGUGUUAGAAAUGUAUAAUUUAGAAAUAUCUGUACAUCUUUGUCAUGGUCUACAGUUAAUAUCUGUGACAAUCCUGUAUCGAAAAGAAAAUCUAAUAAAAAACAAUGAAUAUCUGAGGAA